AUGACACGUGAAAGAUGCCAACAUCUUGCACCGCCAUCGAAAGUGAUUAAAGUAAAUCGUCUUCGCUUCUUUGGUUGUAUAUUAAGGAGACCAGCAGAUCGCCUUGUUCAACGAGUUCUGAAGAGUUUCCCGGGUUCGAGUUGGAAGAAGCCACCUGGCCGAAAACGGAAGUUCCGGAGUGAGGCGGUGAAAGAGGACCUGAGGACACUCGCCGUGGAUAGGCAGUUCAGGCGAGACGUAAGGUUAAUAUGGAGUAGCGACGAAUGGAUUGAUUCUGUGCAAGCUCUCGCAGAAGAUCGAGAAGGUUGGGCAGAGCUGUGUUCAAGGACGGCACACCUCGGCGAAGAUGCGGGUGAUCGCGUCAGGCGAUGA